UGGUCUUGGGCGCCCACAAUCCCGCCGCGGUCUUUUCCUCGCCCCUUUCCUUUGCUCGGAGUUUCCGGGUCUCUCCGUUCGGCUCAUGGAUCGGUCCUAUCCGGCCGACAGGGCACAUGAAACGAGGUGGAUUCCAGACAGGCUGUCCUUAGCAUCGCAGCCUUGUCUGCUUCUUCAUAAAAACUUUUCCUCCCUUGCAUCCUGGGAGGGUGCGGCCACCUUGCCUCUGCGGCGUCGAUCGCCCGUCGAUCCUGCCCCGAGGGCAGAGUCUGGAUGGAUAGCCUCAGGCUGGCAUGGGGGCGUCUGGCUGCAGCGGCCCUAUGAAGAGAGCCAACGUGCGGAAGGAGAUCAUAUCCGGGACGCCGUGUGCCGUACAGCGACCGGCAGAAGGGAGAAGAGAAAGGCUGUCUGACCCUUUCUCGACGCCGUCAACCAAAGAACCAUCCCCAUCCAUCCACGCCACGGCGAGGGGCACCCGCCCUGGCCAGAACCCCCCGUUACAAAUACCCGCCCACGGCCAGACCUCGCCUCUCCCCCCGGGUAUCCAAGACCUCCCCCUCCCCGGGUUUGGGACCCCUCUCCUUUGUCUCACCGAAGAGCCAGCGUCAAGCUCGAUUCUUCCCCACCCACACCGCUGGUUUCCAGAGGGAGGUGCUCACCACAUAUCAUCCCUUGACGCCCAGAGGGCACACACGGUAUCAUGGGCGGCAUGAUUGACACAUUUACCGGAUCGCGCAAUCUGCUGAUGUGACCCCUCCAUGGGGUCAGACAUUUCCCGUACUCA